AUGGGAGGAACGUGUUAGAAGUAAAUUAACAUUCCAGAAUAGGAAAAUAAUAAAUCUAAAUAGCCUUAAAUCUAUAUAAAAGGUCCACCUAAACUUUGUAAACCUUCUCCAAUCAAGAUUUUGUAAUUUCAAGCAGAUGAAGUUGCAAUUGAGAAAGAAUUAUGUAUCUCAUUACCAAAACUUUUAUCUUAAGAAAAAGAAUUUGCUAUUACUGAAUAGGAAAUGCCAAUCUAGAAUGUCAAAAAUUCAUUAGAAGAAGAACUUCUCUUUCGUUAAGAGAGUGAUUAAUUAGAGCAGUAAAACAAUUCCAAGGAGGAAGGAAAUAGUCAAAAAAAUGAAGUAAAGGGUUCAAGUAAUUAUAUUUCCAAACACAAAUCGAUACUGAAAAAUAAAAUGAACAAUGGGUCCAACCCUUAAAGCCCCAAAAAUCAAAUGAAAGACUCUCAAAAUUUUGGUUCGUAAAGAUCUAUAAAAAAAGUAACUUUCGAUAAAAAGCAGAAAGUGGUUUAUAGUAGUUUUAGAAAGAUAAAAACUUGA